AUGUAUGAUGAGGAUAUCAAAGCUCGGUCUGCAUACUAUAAGAGUGUUAGUGAGAAGAAAGGGAAGGAUCAUAAUGAAGGAAAAUCAUAUAGUACUCCAACUGACAAAGGGAAACGGAAGACUUUAGAUGAGAAAAGGCUAAGCGGGGGAGAGACUUCUGCUUCUAUCAAAUGCUUUAAGUGUGGGGUCGUGGGUCAUCGCGUCAUUGACUGCAAGAGUUCUGAGAAGAGUUGCUUCAAGUAUGAAAAUACUGGACAUCUUAUCGCCGAUUGUAAGAGUAGCUUGCUGACUUGCUUCAACCGUGGGGAACCAGGUCAUAUUAGUACUAAUUUCCAAAAAGCCAAUAAGGUUCAGUCUAGAGGAAAAGUUUUUGCUUUGACUAGAUCAGUUACUACUAGCAUAAACAUAUUGAUUUGA